UGGGGGGAGCUGCUGGAAGGGGUGGGACAGGAGGAGGAGAGAGGGUAGUCUCUGCCUUAACUCUUGCUGUGUCUGGUUGGCAGUCAGUGGAUUCCCUGCCUGGACUGCAGUGGGACGGGAGGGGCUUGCCUGGGGGAGACCUGCGCUGGGCUCAGAGCCAUGACAAGAGCCAUAUCCAAGGAAGGAGAACGCAAUGGGGCCACUGCAUCUCCUGAAGAGAUAAGAGUGGAGGAAAUGGAAGAGAGAGGCCAGUGGAAGAACAAAAUGGAGUUUGUGCUGUCUGUGGCUGGGGAGAUCAUUGGCCUGGGUAACGUGUGGAGGUUCCCAUACCUCUGCUACAAGAACGGUGGUGGAGCUUUCCUCAUCCCUUACCUCAUCUUCCUCUUCACCUGUGGGAUCCCUCUGUUUCUCCUGGAGACGGCACUGGGGCAGUACACGAGCCAGGGAGGGGUGACGGCCUGGAGGAAGAUCUGCCCCCUCUUUGAAGGAAUUGGAUAUGCCACCCAAGUCAUUGUGGGAUAUCUGAAUAUCUACUACAUCGUCAUCUUGUCCUGGGCACUCUUCUACCUGUUCAGCUCCUUCUCUUCAGUGCUACCAUGGGCCAGCUGCAAUAACCCCUGGAACUCAGAUCUCUGUGUGGACAUUCUGAAUAGAUCCAGCCUGGACAACAGGACCUUGCCAGUGAACGCCACCUCCUCAAUGAUUGAGUUUUGGGAGAAGCGCGUGCUGAGGCUCACGGAUGGGAUUCACAAACUGGGCACUGUGCGCUGGGAGCUGGCUCUGUGUCUCCUGCUGGCCUGGAUCAUCUGCUACUUCUGCAUCUGGAAAGGGGUCAAGUCCACAGGCAAAGUCGUUUACUUCACUGCCACCUUCCCAUAUGUGAUGCUCCUCAUCCUGCUGGUCCGAGGGGUGAUGCUGCCAGGGGCUGCUGAGGGGAUCAUCUUCUACCUGAAGCCAGACAUGUCCAAGCUGGCAGACCCACAGGUGUGGAUGGAUGCAGGCACUCAAAUCCUCUUCUCUUAUGCCAUCUGUGAGGGGUGCCUGACAGCUCUGGGCAGCUACAACAAAUACACCAACAACUGUUACAGGGACUGCCUCCUGCUGUGCUCCAUGAACAGUGCCACCAGCUUUAUUGCUGGCUUUGCCAUUUUCUCUGUGCUGGGCUUCAUGGCUCAAGAGCAGGGCGUGCCUAUUUCAGAAGUGGCUGAAUCAGGUCCUGGUCUGGCUUUCAUAGCAUAUCCAACAGCAGUAACAAUGAUGCCCGUGUCUCAGCUGUGGUCCUGCCUCUUCUUCCUCAUGCUGUUCUUCUUGGGACUGGACAGCCAGUUUGUCUGUGUGGAAAGCAUGGUGACAGCUAUUAUUGACAUGUUCCCAGCAGUGUUUCGGAAGAGGGGGCGUCGGGAGCUGCUGAUCCUGGCCAUUGCAGUAAUAUGCUACUUUCUGGGCUUAUUGCUGGUCACUGAGGGUGGCAUGUACAUCUUCCAGCUCUUUGACUUCUAUGCCUCCAGUGGCAUAUCCCUGCUCUUCCUGGCUAUUUUUGAAGUCAUCUGCAUAGGAUGGGUGUAUGGUGCCAACCGUUUCUAUGACAACAUUGAGGACAUGAUUGGUUUCCGGCCGUGGCCCUUGAUCAAGAUCUGCUGGCUGGUGGUCACCCCAGGUCUGUGCUUGGGCGUCUUCCUGUUUUCCCUGAUCAAGUACACACCCUUGAAGUACAACAAUUCCUACGAGUACCCACCCUGGGGCUACGUGCUAGGCUGGCUGAUGGCACUCUCCUCCAUGGUCUGUAUUCCUCUCUAUGCCAUCUUCAUCCUCCUGAAAACCAAAGGAUCCCUGAAACAGAGACUGAUUCAGCUGAUUUCCCCAGCGGAGGAUCUGCCGCAGCCAAAGAAGAGGCGCGUGGCGAGGCCGGCCGACGUGAGGCAGGAGGGAUGGUCUCCUCCAGCCCAGCAGCUGCUCAGCAUCACAGAGAGAGAAACCCACUUCUGAGGCUCCUGGGACGUUUCCUCCAUAACCCAGACUGAUUUUGCUCUCUCCUUCCCAAAGUGGUUUCUUUUCUCUUCUCUCCUUCAUGUCUGUGAUGGAAGCAUGUGGGACAAUUCCUCUCCUUCCAGCAUUUCUUUUACACCCUGGGGACAACUCUUCCUGCCAGCAGCUGUGGAGACUGAAGCAUGCUUUUGUCAGAAAUGACCUUCAUUACUGACACUGGUUGGGAAGAGAAAAACAAUGUUGUAGCAAACAAGGAAAAAAAAAAGAAAAAAAAAGUGCAUUUGUGUUGAGAGGAGGAAAAGAAACCACAGUGGUGAGGGUGGUGAGGUGGUGAGAGAGAGCAGAGAUUAAAGGUGUGAAGCAAAGUUAGGGAUGCAAAAGCAGGAAACAAUGGGGUGCUAGCACAGGAAAUAAGUAAGUUGGUUCAGAGGUACACAAGAAGCUGGAGGAUGACAAAGGAAAGGGCAUUACUAGGUCACCUCUGUACAAGGGAGAGAGAGCCAGGAAUGUAUCACAGCCAAUGACAAAAGGAGGCUGCACUGUCAGGAGUUACAGCUUCAGCUGUCGCUGGAAGGGAAAGGAGUGACAGGGCGCUCGAUGCAAUCCUAGUUGUUGAUGAUGGAUCUCAAGGCAGUCUCAGUCUGGAAAAGGGGGUGAGGAAUGACUAUCUGAGGGGACUUGCUCUUGGUCAAAACUGCACGGCCCACUGAAAACGCAUCCAAGAGUGAAACCGAUGAACAUUUGACAAUUCUUUCAGAAAAUUCAUGGAGUGCAGGAAAAGUCCCAGAGCAGUUGGUAAGAAAAAGAAAAAGAGCUGCAGCACAGUCGGGAAAAUGAGAUCCUGAGGACUGCAGGCCCACAAAUUUAACUGCACUGCUGGGGCAUUUUGGAGAGGAGUUAUAGAAGGAGUUGAUGGGCCUGAUCCUGUGCUGCAGAGUAGCUUUGGGAAGAAGGUGGGAGAAUGAUUGCACUUCCUUGGCUUUGCUGUGGAUGACUGCUCAGGGGAUAAGGAAGACAUAAUCAGGUGCAAUAAUCAUCAGCUCAGGCAAGAUAAAGCAAAAUUAAUAGGUAAUAUGGGUUCAUUGGAAGCAGAUUGUGUCAAAUUAAAGGUUGGUUGUUGCCAGGGUAGUCAAAAAUGUGAGGCGAUAGGUGGGAGGAAAUGUGCUCUGCUGCCGGGUUUGGUGCAGUGCCAGAUGACUCUGUCCUGUGGAGGCUGGGGCUGUAAAGAUCCCUGCCAAAUCCUGCUUCAAUGCCUAUCAAAAAUUCACAGUUAAACCCACCAGAAAAGCCAGUGGCAGGACACACCCGGGAGCUUUGCUGUGGUCAUGGGUACAUACACUGAUGCAUGGCUGUGCUGCAAUAUUGGCACAUCCAACCACACCAGAGAAUGGCCAUCAGAAUGAAUCACAGAUGCCACAGGCUCCUUUCCCUUGUUCCUUGUUCCAAGUAAUUGCUUUUCCCUGUGCUGGAUGGAGAUAAACGACCGGCACCAAAAGUGAGCGCAGAAAUCAGGUCUCAUCUGUGCAGCUCAGUACCUAUUCCAAUUGCUAUGGGAACCUUAUCUGCUGCAGUUUCCUCUGAGUUUAACUGGAGAAUUAGCAUAGGGCAAUCUUUUCCCCAUUUAAUUUCCUUUCCUUUAAAAAACUAAAAACUACAAACUGCUGGUGAAAUGAACACUGAAAGUCAAUUAUCAGAAUUUGUACCUCUCUGGCACAUUAUCAUUUAAGAUGUUUUACUGUGGAAGAUGGAGAAAGCUGGCAAACCUCAUUCACAUUCCCUGCUAAGGACUGCAGCACCACAUAAGACACAAUUUAUUGUAUUUUUAUUUUCUAAAGAGCUGAAUGUCAUGCUGCAAAUAGCUGAGGGAAGAGCUUAGCACCCAGAGUCUUGAAGUCAGGCAUCAUGGUAAGCAGUUGGGUGAUUUUUCCUCUCCCUCCCACCAAUGUUGCUCAUAAUUUGGUGGGGGAAGCAGCUCCCCUCAGUCUUGAUUCCUGUACAAUCCUUGGUAGGACAUUUUGCCCCUUUGCUCCUCCUGCCAUGCCUUUAAGAUGUGAGGUAGUGUUGUGCUGGCAGAGAAGUCAGGGAGAUCUGUUCACUUCUUUUUCUGAGGCAGUUGAGUAACACUGCAAAAAUCCUAGAUAGAAGCAAGUAACUCUUCAGUUUGGAACACAAACAUGGUGCUGUGUUAUUGACUGCAUGAACUUAUUCCUCUUGUUUAUGUAUAAUCUGACAAUAACAUCUCACCUCUGCCAGGAAGCAACUUAUUGUAAUAAAGCUAGAGGAGGUAUUGGUGUGACCAUUGAAAGCAAUCAUAAAAUUCCCAGGAUCAGGAAAUUAAUCCAGUUUCUUCAGAUGUAAUUGACAAAGUCAAGUCCAGGAAUUUUAAGUCAAAGCUCAGUGACCCAGUGUCAUUUAAUUCCCUUUCUUCUAAAAACCGAAACACCCACAUACACCCAGCUGGAGGAACAGGGGCAAAUGCCAUCAGUGGCUGUCUUUUGCUGUGUGACCUCCAGCACAAUCAGAAACUGAGUAGUGGUUUGUUAAAUUUCUGUAAAUGUCUCAGGCAUUGCUGCACGCAUGUGACAGAUCUGACAGGUCUCUAUCAACCCCUGGAACUGGGCACCUCUGGAGAGCUCUGAGUCUGAUGGGAAACUGCUCCUGUCCUGCACACCACCGGGAAUACACCACUGAAGGAUUGUAUGGAGAGGAGGGAGAGAUUUUUUUCCCUUGUAAAUUGUUGAUAACAUGCCAAGACACCAUGCAUUUGAAGCUGAAGUCCAAGAGAAGGUACGAGGUUUUCAUCCUGUGCUACUCCUCUCAGUUGGAAUUAAAACACUGUAUACAGAAGAAAGGACCUACACCUGUAAACACCUAACUACCACUUCUGGGUUUCCAGUUUGUUUGUUGUUCUGGUUUUGGUUUUAUUUGUGUUUUUUUUCUUCAUAAAAAGGUCAUUUUCACCCCCCUCUCCAGAAGGAAAAGACAGGAACAGAGUUUUUAAAAAAUAAAUCAAGCCAAAAGGUCUUGUAUUAUCCU